UGUGCAAUGUGCAUCGCUGCUUCCCUCCUUUCUUCUAUGUCAAAACCCGGCGUUGUUUUAACAGAAUCUUCGCCUUCUUCCUUUUCUCUCUCUCUCUCUCUCAAGAGAUCUCUCUAUAUAUAAGGCAUCGCAUCUUCACUGAUUUUCCAUCUUUCUAUUCUAUGUGAUUCGGCCUUUGAUUUUAAUACAAGGACCUAAUUAAUCUGAUUGCGCUGAAAGGAUCUGGGAGAUGAAGAUGAGUUCGAUUCCAUCUGAACUCAGCUUGGAUUGUAGGCCCGUUUUCGUUCCCAGAACGAUCACUGAGUUUCUCGCUGAAAUCUCCCUGAUCGGGAGCUUAUCCGACAGAGUGUUGAAGAUCGAUGAUUAUGUCGCCAGGCUCGAGGAUGAAAUGCGGAAGAUCGAUGCCUUCAAACGCGAGCUCCCGCUUUGCAUGCUCCUUGUUAAUGAUGCAAUUGUAGCUUUGAAAGAGGAAUCAGUGCAGUGUAGGAAAUCAAAGGUGGAACCAGUAUUAGAAGAAUUUAUACCACUGAAGAAGAGUUGUGAUGGUGGUGGUGAUAGGGUUGAGAUUAGGAAAGAUAAAGACAGUAGAGAAAAAAUGAAUUGGAUGAGCUCAGCUCAGCUCUGGCAUGGUGAAAAUCAUUCCCCCAGUUCAGAGUUCACCAAUAAGAAACCCCGCACAGAAGCUAACCUCAGAAUGACAACUGAGGAAGCUGAGAAUAGCUCGAUAACCAACGACCUACUCGUCUCUUGUAAAACGAGGAAUAUAGGGAAGGCGUUUAUGCCUUUCAAGAGGUAUUCCGGUUUUCCAUCAGCAGUUGUGAUGAAGGAAGAUAAGGAAUUACCAGGAAUACCCGGGCUCUCGCUUGGUACUCCUGGAUUUAAGAACCCCAGGGAAGAUAUGGUAAUCGGUUGCUUGAAUACAAAAGCUUGUGUAUCUUCCGCUUCAUCAAGUAGUGUACACAGUAUACAGACUGGAGCACAGCCUCAACAGCAGCAAACUAGUCGGAAGCAAAGAAGAUGCUGGUCACCGGAGUUGCAUAAGCGAUUCGUCAAUGCCCUGCAACAACUUGGGGGUGCACAAGUUGCAACUCCGAAGCAGAUUAGAGAGCUUAUGCAAGUUGAUGGUCUGACCAACGAUGAAGUGAAGAGUCAUUUGCAAAAAUAUAGGCUCCACACUCGAAGACUUCCGGGCUCACAAGCCACCUCUGCAAAUCAAUCUGUUGUAUUAGGCAACUUAUUUAUGCCCCAUGACCAGUCUCAUGAAUCCUCGAAACAGAGUAGUUCCCAGUCUGGUUCUCCUCAGGAUCCCCUCCACCACCAAGAUGAUAGCAUGGAGGAAGAAGAAGAAGGUGACGAAUAAUCUAAUAAGUGUGUGCUGGGUAAAUCUCGCUCUGACACCCGGGGUGAAAGCUGUAUAGAGAUGUCCACAAGUUUUGCAGAUAAAGUAUAAAAUUUUCACUCUGUAAUCAUAUAUCAUACAUUAUACAUAUAUAUAUGAAUGGAUGUUGAGAGAAAGAGAGAGAGAGAGAGAGAGGUGUGUGUGAAAUUUUGCAGGAUUAGAUUUCCCUUCUGUCUGAGUUGAGUUGUUGUUCUUACCCUGUUUUAGUAAGAGUUGAUGCAUGUGCAUCCCAUGAGAGAUGAAGAAACAUCACUGUGCGGGAAUCUGGGAACAAUAUUUACACAUAUCUUGCUUUGAA